UGGCAGUGUGAGGAGCUGGAGAGAGAAUGAGCAAGAUCUUCUGCUUUCCACAGGUGAAGCCCCUGGGCUUCCUCAAGCCCUCCAGCUUGAUGAGUGUUUCCAGUCGCUUCAAGGCCCACCAGGAUGCACUGCCCAGGCUGCCCGUGCCCUCGCUCCAGCAGUCCCUGGACGGUUACCUCAAGGCACUGCAGCCCAUCGUGAGCGAGGAGGAGUGGGUCCACACCAAGCAGCUCGUGGAUGAGUUUCGUACCUCAGGAGGUGUAGGGGAACGCCUGCAGAAGGGGCUGGAGCGCAGGGCCAAGAAGAUGGAAAACUGGCUGUCCGAUUGGUGGCUCAAGACUGCCUACCUCCAGUUCCGCCAGCCUGUGGUCAUCUGCUCCAGCCCGGGCGUGAUGCUACCCAAACAGGACUUCAUAGAUCUACAGGGUCAGCUUCGGUUUGCUGCCAAACUGAUCGAAGGUGUGUUGGAUUUCAAGGCCAUGAUUGACAACGAGACCCUGCCAGUGGAGCACCUGGGUGGAAAGCCUCUGUGCAUGAACCAGUACUACCAGAUCCUGUCCUCCUGCCGCGUGCCGGGUCCCAAGCAGGACUCCAUCUUCAACUUCAUCAAGAGCAAGAAGCCACCCUCCCACAUCACAGUGGUGCAUAACUAUCAGUUCUUUGAGUUGGACGUGUACCACAGCGAUGGGACGCCCCUCACCUCCGAUCAGAUCUUCGUGCAGCUGGAGAAGAUCUGGAACUCGUCACUGCAGACCAACAAGGAGCCUGUGGGCAUCCUCACCUCCAACCACCGCAACACCUGGGCCAAGGCCUACAAUAACCUCAUCAAAGACAAGGUGAACCGAGAGUCGGUGCACUCCAUCCAGAAAAGCAUCUUUACUGUGUGUCUGGACAAGCCGGUGCCCAGGGUCUCGGAGGACAUCUACCGCAACCAUGUGGCCGGCCAGAUGCUGCACGGGGGCGGCAGCAAACUCAACAGCGGCAACCGCUGGUUCGACAAGACGCUACAGUUCAUCGUGGCAGAAGAUGGCUCGUGUGGGCUCGUGUACGAGCACGCAGCCGCGGAGGGCCCCCCCAUCGUCACCCUGUUAGAUCACGUCAUUGAGUACACGAAGAAGCCGGAGCUCGUGCGGGCCCCCAUGGUGCCCCUGCCCAUGCCCAAGAAACUGCGGUUCAACAUCACUCCCGAGAUUAAGAACGACAUCGAGAAGGCCAAGCAGAACCUUGGCAUCAUGAUCCAGGACCUGGACAUCACCAUGAUGGUGUUCCACCACUUUGGGAAGGACUUCCCCAAGUCGCAGAAGAUGAGUCCCGACGCCUUCAUCCAGAUGGCCCUACAGCUGGCCUACUACAGGAUCUACCGGCAGGCGUGUGCCACGUACGAGAGCGCCUCCCUGCGCAUGUUCCACCUGGGCCGCACCGACACCAUCCGCUCGGCCUCCACAGACUCGCUGGCCUUUGUCAAGGCCAUGGAUGACGGCAGCGUGGCAGAGCAGCAGAAAGUGGAGCUACUGCGGAAGGCCGUGCAGGCCCACCGAGCCUACACCGACCUAGCCAUCCGUGGGGAGGCCUUUGACCGGCACCUGCUGGGCCUGAAGCUGCAGGCCAUCGAGGACCUAGUGAGCAUGCCUGAUAUCUUCAUGGACACCUCAUAUGCGAUCGCCAUGCACUUCAACCUCUCCACCAGCCAGGUCCCCGCCAAGACAGACUGUGUCAUGUUCUUUGGGCCUGUGGUCCCAGAUGGCUAUGGCGUCUGCUAUAACCCCAUGGAGACCCACAUCAACUUCUCCGUGUCAGCCUACAACAGCUGUGCUGAGACCAACGCUGCCCGUAUGGCCCACUACUUGGAGAAGGCUCUCCUGGACAUGCGGGUGCUGCUGCAGAGCCACCCUCGGGCCAAGCUCUGAGCCCAGGGGCCAGCUUGCCAGCGCCACAGCCAAGCCCUCCCGGGGAAGGGCACCUGCCAGGGCUCCGCUCCUUUGCUCUGGUGUCCCCGAUCCCUGAUCUGAGCCAGGGACAGCAUUGGUAGUGGAGCUGCAGGCCCAAGCCCUGUACCUUUUGUGGGCUGUCCUGGGGGCCUGCUGAGACCCAAACAGCUGGGGCUGAGUAGAGAGCCUGAGUCCCCAGCAUGCCAUCCAUGGAGGCCUCCCUGAGGAAGGGAUCAGGCCAUGCACAAACCAUGGCUAGGGAAGUCGAAAAGCUUCCUUUUCUCCCCAGCUCAGCUCUGGCCCAAGCCUGUCGUCUCCAGGGCCAGGCUCCAUCAUCCUGGAGACAGAGGAGUAGCUCUGAGCCUCCUUGAGGCUGAGGGACUAGGGGCGGGGCCUCCAGAUGGAGGGAGACCCCCAGGUCUUGCUUGGCCCUCCCACCUGGAGGCAUCGCCCCGUGUGCUGCCAUUCUCUUUUGGAUAAUGUAUGUGACUCCUGGGCCUCAGCCCUGUUGCUUCCAACUCAGCUUGAUUCCUGAACCACAGUCGUGGUUGCCUCAUGUGGACAUGCCGGAGAAUCCAUAAAUAAAGGGGAAUGGGCUAAG